UGUAGUCCCGCUCCUCGAAGCACCCAUGCCGCAGAUAAGCACGCGGAGCGGGGAAAGAACUACCAAGAUGGCAUCCGUCCGCUGAUUCCUCGGCGUGGGGAGGGGGAACGGUAAGGAAAGAGAGUACGGCAGCUCGGGGAGGCCAUACUGCGUCCAGGCGGCGGGGCACACGCGGAGUGGCUGGAGCGAGUGCCGAGACGGUGGUGCCGCCGCGUUCCCGGCUGUCGCCCUUCCUCCUCCUCCCUCCCCUUUCCCUCUUCUGCCCCACCACCGCCACCCACCUCACCCCGCUGUCCUCCCAGGCCGUCGGGAGGGGGGGGAGAGAGACGCUUCGGGAAGCGCAGAGGCUUGUGGGGGACGGGCAGGCACACAAAAUGGAGGCGAACGGCAGCGGCAGCAGCAGCGACUCGGCGCCCGACUGCUGGGACCAGGCGGACAUCGAGCCCGGGAACUGCCCUCCUCCUUCUGCCGCCGCCGCACCUUCCUCUGACGACGCGGCUGUGCCCAACCCGGCCCAGCUCGACGCAGCGGAGCAGGAGCAGCUGCUGGGCGCGGCCUUCAGCCGGCAUCUCAACGUCAACGCCAAGCCCUUCGUGCCCAAUGUCCACGCCGCCGAGUUCGUGCCGGCCUUCCUGAGGGGAAGCCCAGGCCCGGCUCCCUCCUCUUCCUCCACCACCACCACCUCUUCCUCCUCCUCUUCGUCUUCGUCGUUUUCUUCCGCGCCGGGACUCCCGCCGCCUCCGCCUUCGCCCCCGCCCGGCCUGCCGCCCCAGACGUCGUCGUCCUUGCCGCCACAUGGGGCAUCAGUAGAAUCUUCACAAGAGGAAGAGCCAUCAUCUUGUGAAGGGUCAAAUGCUGCAGUCAGUAUGGAAAUCUCGGAACCAGUUGAGAGGGGGAAAGACCCACUUAAAGAACCCACAUCCAUCUAUAUGCUGGCAAAGGAACCUGAUCACAUUCUUCCUGUAGAAAACGGAGAAACGGACAUGUCCCCUGAAGAAUCAUGGGACCAUAAAGAGGAAGCUAUUGAACCUGAAUUAGCGAGUGGGCCUUCUGGAGAUGCAGGACCUAUUGAGGAAGGUACCCCAGAAAUGAUGGAGGAGGAAGAGGAGCUACCAAAACCUAAAUCCAUGGUAGCACCACCAGGUGCUCCCAAAAAAGAACAUGUAAAUGUAGUAUUCAUUGGGCAUGUAGAUGCUGGCAAAUCAACAAUUGGAGGACAAAUAAUGUACUUGACAGGCAUGGUUGAUAAAAGAACGCUUGAAAAAUACGAAAGAGAAGCUAAAGAAAAAAACAGAGAAACCUGGUACCUCUCCUGGGCCUUAGACACAAACCAGGAAGAACGAGACAAAGGUAAAACAGUGGAAGUGGGCCGUGCCUAUUUUGAAACAGAGAAGAAACACUUCACAAUUUUAGAUGCUCCAGGGCAUAAGAGCUUUGUCCCAAAUAUGAUUGGCGGUGCUUCACAAGCUGAUCUAGCUGUAUUGGUUAUCUCUGCAAGGAAAGGAGAAUUUGAAACUGGUUUUGAGAAAGGGGGGCAAACAAGAGAGCAUGCCAUGCUAGCGAAAACAGCAGGCGUGAAACAUUUAAUAGUUCUUAUUAAUAAAAUGGAUGAUCCAACUGUGAACUGGAGCAAUGAAAGGUAUGAAGAAUGUAAAGAGAAAUUGGUGCCAUUUUUGAAGAAAGUUGGCUUCAAUCCUAAAAAAGAUAUUCACUUCAUGCCCUGCUCUGGACUGACUGGAGCAAACCUCAAGGAGCAAUCGGACUUCUGUCCUUGGUAUAUUGGGCUACCAUUUAUUCCAUAUCUGGAUAACUUGCCAAACUUCAACAGAUCAGUUGAUGGACCAAUCAGGCUGCCAAUUGUUGAUAAAUAUAAGGAUAUGGGCACGGUAGUUCUGGGAAAACUGGAAUCGGGCUCUAUCUGCAAAGGACAGCAGCUUGUGAUGAUGCCAAACAAGCACAACGUGGAAGUCCUUGGAAUCCUUUCUGAUGAUGUAGAAACUGAAUCUGUAGCUCCAGGUGAAAAUCUGAAGAUCCGACUGAAAGGAAUUGAAGAAGAGGAGAUCCUCCCAGGGUUUAUACUCUGUGAUCUUAAUAACCUGUGUCAUUCAGGACGCACUUUUGAUGCUCAGAUAGUGAUAAUUGAGCACAAAUCCAUCAUCUGCCCAGGUUACAAUGCGGUGCUGCAUAUUCAUACCUGUAUUGAAGAAGUUGAGAUCACAGCCUUAAUCUGUCUGGUAGACAAAAAAUCAGGAGAGAAAAGCAAGACACGGCCCCGUUUUGUUAAACAAGAUCAAGUAUGUAUUGCCCGUUUAAGGACGGCAGGAACUAUCUGCCUUGAGACAUUCAAAGACUUCCCUCAGAUGGGCAGAUUCACCUUAAGAGAUGAGGGUAAGACCAUUGCAAUUGGAAAAGUUCUGAAAUUGGUUCCAGAGAAGGAUUAAGCAUUGUUUUUGACAAGCCUGCACAAAUACUAUGAGGGGAAAAAAUUGACUCUGCAAAAGCCUACUUCACAUCGCCUUCUUAUUUUCUUCCCAUUGAUAACCUUUUCCCUAUAUUUUGCAAAGAUGAGAUUUCACAGCAAAGGUCCACAUAAUGUCAGCUUUCUCAUAUUGAGAGCUCUGCUAUGCCACUGUUGAAUUCUCCCCCAAAGUUUUUUUCCCCCUAAAUUCUGCUUCCUUGGAAAGAUUUGGCAAUAGCUUUGUAAGUGAUGUGGACAUAAUUGCCUAGAAUUAUGAAAAAUCUAUAGGAUUUAUGUUUAUUUCCCGUCCCAGCAUAUUGAAACAUUUUUCAAGGCAGAUCAUUUGGAGUGUGCGAGUGUGUGCACAUGCACAUGUUACAAAGACAAUUACCAUGUUAAUAAACUAUUCAAUUUGAAA